UAGUGACACUUAGAUUUAUGAGUUUAUAUUGUUGGAUAAAAUUAUGCAAAUCCAUGAUAUAAGACAGAUUUUGUGCGUGAAGUUAAUUUGGAAGGCUUCGAUUAUUUUGUAUGAUCCUUUUUAUUAGUAUUCUUUUUCUAAUACACUUCAUUACAAUUCUUGUCAUAGAUGUUUGAACUGAACUUUCUCUAUCUUGUGAUUGUUGCAGGCAAGACAGACGGAGUAUCCCUUGGAGUGGCCCUUGCUAUAGCUGGUGCAGUAAUUGUUGGUAUUGGUCUGGGAGUCUUGGGCUUAUUAUUGAGACAGCGCAGAAAGAGAAUUGCAGCUCAAUCUCAAAGCAAAGCCUUGCCUACACCGCCAUCUAGCAAAGGCCUCAGCACUAGUACUCCUUCCACAAAUCUCUCUCGAAGCAUUGCCUCUUAUCCCUCAGCCAAGCCUCAUCUAGAAAUGGGAAGCACCUACUUUGGAGUUCAGGUCUUCAGCUACGCCGAGCUUGAAGAAGCAACCGAUAAUUUUAAUCCAUCUAAAGAACUGGGAGAUGGUGGUUUUGGCACUGUUUACUAUGGUGUACUCAGAGAUGGGCGUGUUGUUGCAGUAAAGCGAUUGUAUGAGAACAAUGUCAGACGUGUUGAGCAGUUCUUAAAUGAAAUUAAGAUCCUAGCUGACAUACGACAUCCAAACCUUGUGACACUCUAUGGAUGCACCUCACGACACAGCAGAGAACUUCUCCUUGUUUAUGAAUACAUUCCUAAUGGAACUGUGGCUGAUCAUCUUCAUGGGGGAAGGGCAAACACUGGUAAUUUGCUCGGUUGGCCUGUUCGGCUGAGCAUAGCCAUAGAGACGGCUAAUGCGCUGGCUUACCUUCAUGCCAAUGACAUAAUACAUCGUGAUGUCAAAACUAAUAACAUUCUUCUAGACAACAAUUUUCAUGUGAAGGUGGCUGAUUUUGGUCUGUCACGAUUGUUUCCCAAUGAUGUUACCCAUGUGUCAACUGCUCCACAAGGGACACCUGGCUAUGUUGAUCCGGAGUAUUACCAGUGCUACCAUCUAACUGAUAAGAGUGAUGUAUAUAGUUUUGGGGUGGUGCUGAUUGAGCUUAUUUCAGCAAAACAAGCAGUAGACACAAGCAGGCACCGCCAUGAUAUUAAUUUGGCUAACAUGGCCAUCAGCAGAAUUCAGAAUCAAGCGUUGCAUGAGUUGGUUGAUCCAUCUCUUGCCUUUGAAACUGAUUAUGCUGUAAGGACAAUGAUUACAGCUGUCGCAGCACUGGCUUUUCGUUGUUUGCAAAAUGAUAGGGAUAUGAGGCCUUCCAUGGGAGAAGUUUUGGAGGUUUUGAAGGGAAUGCAGAAUGAAGAGUCAAGAUCACAGAUACCAGAGGUAGUGGAUAUAGCAGCAGAUGAUGUUGGCCUUUUGAGACAUGUUCCUCCUCCACUUUCGCCGCCAGACUCUGCUGAAAAUGAUAAAUGGGUGCAGAUAAAAACAAUGUAAUCCUAGUCUCAUUCAGGAAGAAAGUGAAAUUUGAACCGUAUACUGCUUCCUAGAGUAGAGGGCAUUGUUCAAAUUAAACUUUUUGCCUGACAGAACGGUGUUAGCACUUACCAGGCAGGCAUGAGCAAUGAGAUGGAUGCAGCAGCAUAGAGCUGUUUGAUAUAUAGGUACUCUGCAGUCUAUACCUAUAAUGCACUGUAGAAGGUAGAUUAAGCUGUUGCAUCUUUUUCUUGCUGAACUAAUAUUAAAUUAAUAAAUACUAUAAUUUCACCCUGUAAAUUAGCAAUUCUGUAAGAACUUAAAUCAUAUCAAAACAGAUUCUCACCUUUGUUGAGUAAUUACUUGAUUAAGAUCAGCUUUGUUCUGUAGCUCAGCAAUUUUAGUGC